CAAUUGCAAAGUUUUGAGAUCGCCUUGAGCUCUCUUCAUCGAUACACCAAGACCAUGUCCAACCCACAGGACCAACAACUGGACCAUCUUGUCCCCGAUGACGAGGUGACUGAUAGUGAGGUAGACCUUGAAAGCCUUCGUUCGGAAACCACGAGCAUCAAAAACUCCAUUCUAGAGUACCGGAUUGAGAAUGGAAGGUCAUACCACAAGUACAAGGACGGCAAGUAUGCCUGGCCUAACGACGAGAGAGAAAACGACAGACUAGACAUGCAACAUGAGAUUUGCAAUGUCACAUUCCAUGGAAGGCUGGGACUCGCUCCGCCCUGUGAUGAAGGUGCUAAGGUCGGCCGUGUCCUUGACGUUGGUACUGGAACCGGUCUGUGGGCCAUCGACUACGGUGACAGCCAUCCGGAAGCCGAGGUUCUGGGUGUGGAUUUGUCUCCGAUUCAACCCCAAAGCGUGCCGCCAAACGUAAGAUUUGAAGUUGAUGACAUUGAGGAAGACUGGCUCUACUCGCAGCCAUUCGAUUAUAUUCACCUGCGAUUCAUGAAUGGAUCUCUUGCUGAUUGGAAGAAAACCGUCACCAAAGCAUACGACAAUCUCGUCCCUGGUGGCUACCUUGAAAUACAAGAUAACGAUUGCGUUUUUACGGCCGAUGAUGACACACUUCCUCCUGAAAAACCGUUGGCCGAGUUUGGUAGACUGAUCCGGGAAGCUGCUCAAAAAUUUGGGCGCGCUUUUGUCCCUUGUCCGGAGCUGAAGAACCUCCUGGCUGAGAUCGGCUUCGAGGAUGUGGCCCUUGAGAACUUCAAGUGGCCGUCUAACCCUUGGCCCAAGGAUCCUUAUUACAAGAGGAUUGGACAGUGGAACUUCCACAACUUUUUUGACGCAGCUGAGGCAUUAGCCUUGGCACCUUUAACUCGUGGACACGACUGGACGAACGAAGAGGUGCAAGUCUUCCUCGUAGGUGUCCGUAAGAAUAUGAGGGACCCGAGGGUCCACUCGUACAUACCCAUCUACAAUAUUAUUGGAAGAAAGCCCUUGAAGGAAGACAACAAAGUUCCGCCUCAAGAUACAGCUCAGGGCUAGCAUGCAGCUUCAGCCACUAAUGCCGCCACCGCUCCAGGCUCAUCUGCCCUCUAGGAUGAUGAUGCUCUCUUCCCUUGAACAGAAGAACGUGAAGCUGGGAGACAGUUUAGGACAAACUUUUAGGGUAUUAGGUAGUGAAUUGCAUUUCCCGC